AUGGCAAGCCGUCGAAAACUUGACGAGAACUUCCAUUUGAUUACAAGAAGAAUCCCCGCAGAGAAUAUCAAUGGCGCUGAAUUAAUCCAUGCCGCUCUCGCAAGAGAGGGAAAAAACCCGGUUGGUUUAUGGGUCACCUCACCCACAGGAAAACCUCACAUCGGGUAUCUUAUCCCGCUUCUGAAGUUUGCAGACUUCUUGCGCGCAGGAGUCGAGAUCAUUGUCGUCCUCCUUGAUGUCUACUCUUUCCUUGACAACGUCAAGUAUCCAAUGGAACAAGUGGUCCAACGCAUGCACUACUAUCGUUUUACGGUUGAAGCUGCGCUGGAAGUGCUGGGCAUCGCGUCCUCGAACAUCAAGUUUACCACGGAAUCCUCCUACCAGACCAACGCCAGGUUCUUUUUUGACCAGUGCAGACUUUGCACCCUCGUGCCGCAGCAGGCUGUCAGGGACGCCUGGGACCGGAGCUACAACCCGGACAUGCUGGCGCCGAUGCUCUGCCCGGGUUUGCAGACGCUGGCGGAAGAGCACUUGGACGUUGAUUUCCAAUUGGGAGGCACGGACCAGCGCGGGAUUUUCGCCUUCGCUGAACGAUUCCUACCCCAGCUGGGGUAUAGGAACCGCGCACGCCUCAUGAAUCCCAUGCUUCCGAACCUGUAUGGCGACAAGAUGUCUUCUUCGCAUCCGCCACACACCAAGAUCAUGUUUCUCGACGACGCUGAAACCGUCAACCAGAAGGUGCGCGCCGGGUACCACUCAAACACUGAAGUUUCCAAAAACGGUGUCCUGGCCACGCUGAGAGACGUCCUGAUCCCCUUCAGCCAGCUGCAGAUGGAGCGCUCCUCCUCCCCCUUUUUGGAAAAUCAUCCUUCAGAGGAGCGCGUAAAGGGCCCGAACGACGGCGUGGGCAUUGUCGCUGCAGAGCCGUUCUGGACUCCCUCCGCGCCACCGGGGACGGUCUUCACUUUUGGUCCCCCUGGGCCAGGAGAGGGGCAUGACGGGGGGCAUAAGAGUAGACACUACACCUCAUUCGACCAGAUCAUGCAGGAUCUGGCAGACCAGAAGCUUUCUGACGACGAUAUCGUCGCUGCCGUCGGGAAUGCCCUCAACCAGAUCCUCGCUCCGAUCCGUGUGGCAUAUCAGGCAAGUCUGGCGUGGCAGGCCGCGGACGGUCAAGGCUACCCCGACGCAUCUUAA